AAAAUUCUUCAGCUCAUGUCAACACACUUUUCCAGUAGACAGACACCUGUUGAAUAACUAAAAUAAUUGAAUUAAAUAGUCAGUGGCUUUUGGUUUUUUAUGUGUUAAAUAGUGUUUCGUUCGCUUAAAAGACAUAUAACAAAAAGAAAUAGUUCGUGAAGUGUGGCUUAUUGCUUUCUUGUUUUCUUUUCUCAAGUAGAUCAACGGACCAUUAUAUAUGAAUAACUAAUUUUUGUGUUACUAAGUGUUUAAAGAAUCAUUGAAUUCAGGAUAGUUUUAAUAAUCAUUAGUCGGCAACGUACAUUAUGAGCCAAGGCCAGAUCCAGGAUACCAGAGAAGAUCAAAUAUGAGUCAAAGAGAUGAAGUUCAAAAAUUCGAGCAGGGCCGUAUUCGAGUCCUACAGGAAGAACGUCUUCACAUUCAAAAGAAAACUUUCACCAAAUGGAUGAAUUCGUUUCUGCAGAAAGCCCGCAUGGAGGUCGAAGACUUGUUCGUAGACUUGGCAGACGGUAGAAAACUUUUAAAAUUACUAGAAAUAAUAUCUGGUGAAAAAUUAGCGAAACCGAACAAUGGAAAAAUGAGGGUACACAAAGUCGAAAACGUCAACAAAAGCUUAGCAUUUCUACAUACAAAAGUCCGCUUGGAAAGUAUAGGAGCAGAGGAUAUCGUAGACGGAAAUCCCAGACUUAUUUUAGGUUUAAUAUGGACAAUCAUUCUAAGGUUUCAGAUCCAGGAAAUCGAAAUUCCAGAAGAUGAAGACAAUGAAAGUUCGGAAAAGAAAUCAGCCAAAGAUGCCUUAUUAUUAUGGGCACAACGUAAAACACAUGGUUACCCAGAUGUGCACAUUACAGACUUUUCUUCAUCGUGGCGAAACGGUUUAGGUUUCAACGCGCUCAUCCAUUCUCACAGACCUGAUUUAUUCGAUUUCGAUUCUUUAAAAAAUGGCAAAAACAUCGACAACUUGAAUCAUGCAUUCGAUAUGGCACAAAACGAAUUGGGCAUUCCUAGAUUAUUGGAUGCUGAAGAUAUCGAUACUUCAAGGCCCGAUGAGAAAAGUAUAAUGACGUAUGUAGCUUCAUACUACCAUACAUUUGCAAGAAUGAAACAGGAAGAAAAGUCUGGAAGACGUAUCGCAAAGAUUAUAAAACAAAUGAUAGAUGCCGAUAAAAUGAAAUUAACAUAUGAUAAACUAACAACAGAUCUACUAGAUUGGAUAAAAUUAAAAAUAGUUGAACUGGAAGACAGACACUUUCCUAAUUCUUUAGAAGGAAUACAAAAUCUUUUAUUACAAUUUGGUCAUUAUCGUACUCAAGAGAAACCUCCAAAAUAUAAAGAAAGGAGCGAAAUAGAGGCUCUAUUUUUUAAUAUAAACACCCAGUUAAAAGAACUAAGACAACCUGCGUUUUAUCCUUCCGAUGGUAAACUAGUACAAGAUAUAGAGAGAUCUUGGGAUACUCUAGAGAAAGCAGAACACAAGAGAGAGGUAGCUUUGAGGGAAGAAUUGUUGAGGCAACAACGUCUAGAGCAGCUUAUGUAUAAAUUCGAAAAAAAGAGUAUUUUACGAGAAGGAUAUCUCAAAGAAAUGAUCCAAGUAUUAUCAGAUCCUCGUUAUGGUUCAAAUUUAAUACAAGUUGAUGCGACUCUAAAAAAACACGAAGCUAUUAGCGCUGACAUCUUAGCUAGAGAAGAACGGAUACAUGAUCUGUCGCAAAUGGCUAAAGAACUUAUCGACGAAAAUUACAGAAACUCUUCUAGAGUGAAGGAAAGGGAAAAAGAAAUUAUCGAACAAUGGGAAGAACUCAAAGGUCUAUUGGAAAAACAUAAAGGGAAUUUGAAUAAAAUGGGUAGCGUGAUGUCUAUCAUUCGUGAAAUAGAUUCUGUCCUUACUAGCACCGAACAAUUGAGAAUAGAUCUUUCUUCUACUGAUACCGGAGCACAUUUGGUAGCCGUGGAGGAAUUAUUACACAAACACGCCUUACAAAACUUGUUAGUAACUUCGUUAGGUGAAAACGAAAGCUGGUUGAAUAGAGUAGGACAACAAGUAGCUCAACAGAAUCCAAAAGGUGAAGAAGUAUUGAAAAAAUUAAAGGAAUUAGGUACAGUCUGUGAAGAAAUAAGGGGUUUAAGUGCCAAAAGAAAAGCCUUAUUGGAGGAAGCAAGAAAUUUUUAUCAAUUUUUACAAGAUCAAGAAGACGAAGAGGCUUGGCUAAUAGAAAAACAAAGGAUUUGUCAAGCAGGCAUAAUGGCCAAAGAUUUACGCGGCGUUAUAUCAUUACAGCAAAAACAUAAAGCCCUAAUGGACGAAAUAAAAACUAGAAAGAAUAAAUUCGACCAGUUAGGUGCCACAAGCAAACAACUAAUAUCGGAUAAUCAUCCCAGAUCGCUGGAAAUACAACAAAAUUUGGAUAAAAAUAAGAAAAAUUGGGAAUUACUCGACAAAUUGGCUAACGAUAGAGCCAAGCAACUACAAGACGCUGCCGAAGCGUAUCAAUUUUACGCAGACGCAAACGAAGCGGAUUCUUGGUUACAUGAAAAACUUGCUCUCGUUAGAUCUAAUGAUUACGGUACUGACGAAUUAAGUGCUAAAGCGUUGCUACAAAGACAUAGGGACUUGGAUGGAGAAAUAAAAGCAUACAGCGGUGAUAUUCAGAGUUUGAACAGCCAAGCUGAUAGGCUCAUCGCAUCCGGCAUCUCCACACUAGAUUUGAAUAACGAACCAGAAGUUAGCGAACCUAUAGAAGAAAUUAAUUAUGAAGAGAGAAUGUUACCAACUGAAGUUUGGGUAGAUGAACCUAUAGAAAAAACAGAAUACAGAGUAAUUACAGAAGAAAAAAAAGUACCUCAAGUUAAAGCACUGUACCCAUUUAGCGAUCACGGUUUGACAAUGGUUAAAAACGAGGUGAUGUUUCUGUUGAAUAAAAGCAAUCCUGAUUGGUGGUGUGUACGCAAAGCAGACGGAACUGAUGGUUUUGCACCAGCAAACUACGUAGCUGAAAUCGAACCAAGAAUUAUUCACAUUAAUAUAAGGAAACCAGAGGUUGUUAAAACUGUUCAAAAAGUGAAAAAAACAAAAUUGAUUAAAACCAAAGUACCAGUGAAAGUUAUCAGGCAGUUACCUAGCAGGGCACCUAAACGAAAAAUUGACGAUAAUGACAGCGUACCUAAAAGACAAAAAAGUAUCAACGAUUCUUAUGCUAAAUUACAAGAUUUGGCAGCUAGACGACAAGCUUUGUUAGCAGAUGCUGUAAAAUUGUUUACGUUUUACAAAGAAUGUGACGAUUUUGAAAAAUGGAUCAAAGAUAAAGAACAAUUACUUUCUAAUGAUGACCCUAACGAUAGCGUUGAACAAGCGAAGAGAAAAUACGAGAAAUUUCUUACCGAUCUUUCUGCCAGCCAAAAGAGAAUGGAUGCAUUGGACGCAGAUGUAGUAGCUUUCGAAAAACAAAACCAUUCCCAAAUAGACAAAGUUAGAAUCAGACAUCGACAAAUACAAGGAGCUUGGCAGAAAUUAAAUAAACUCAAAACUCAAAAAGAGAAGAGUCUAGAAGGUGCUAGUAGUGUUGAAUUAUUUAACAAAGUUUGUGAAGAAGCCAGAAAUUGGAUGUUGGAAAAAAUGGAUCAGUUGGAUACCGCAGUUUUAGGACACGAUUUGAAAACUAUCCAAGCUCUUCAAAGACGACAUGAUAACCUUGAAAGAGAACUAUCUCCUAUCGAAGAAAAGGUGAACAAAGUGAACUUAUUGGGAAAUUCCGUUCAAAAUACAUACCCCAACGAAAAAUUAAACGUUACACAGAAACAGAAAAGUAUCGAUGAUCUUUGGAAGAAAAUAAAAGAUAAAGCUGUUGAAAGAAGAACUCGUAUUGAAGAUGCAGUUGGACAACAAAUAUUUACCAACAGUUCCAAACACCUAUUAAAUUGGGUAGCGGAUACAAAAAAUCAAUUGAACGCUGAUAAUGUUGUCAGGGAUGUACAAACUGCUGAAGCAUUAUUAAAAGCGCAUCAAGAUCUUGCCGAGGAUAUUAAAGCUAAAGAUGACGAAUUCAAACAAGUGACUGGUCUGGGAAAGAAACUUCUCAAAUCUAAUCCCGAUCUACCGGAAGUUCGAAACACCAUAGACAGAUUAAUAGCUGAGCAGGCAGCUAUAGCAAGGGGAUGGAAAGAGAAAAAUAUAUGGUUACAGCAAUGCUUAGAACUUCAAAUAUUUAACAAAGAAGCUGAUAAUAUUGAUGCCGUUACAUCGGGACAUCAAGCUUUCUUGGAGUUUGACCAACUCGGUAGCUCUCUUGACGAAGUUGAAGCAUUGCAUAAGCAACAUCGAGCUUUCGCUAACACUCUGGCUGCUCAAGAUGAACGUUUGAACGCUUUUGCCAAAAAAGCUAAUUCUCUAAUAGCUGAAAAGCAUUAUGAUUCUCAAGGGAUUCAAGAUCGACUAAACCAAGUAGUUGAAAGAAGGAAAGCAGUUAAAGAAGCGUGUCAAAAGAGAGCCGACGCCCUUGAUGCUUCUAAAAAUUAUCAAGAAUUCUGUGCUGAAGUGUAUGAUUUACGAGCAUGGAUGGCCGAUAAACUUAGAACCGCUUCAGAUGAAAACUACAGAGAUCUCUCGAAUUUGGAACGUAAAAUACAAAAACACGAAGCUUUUGAACGAGAACUUAGAUCAAAUGAAGGUCAACUUAGAACCAUAAAUAAAUUAGGAAUGGCCUUGAUUGCUCAAGACAGUUAUAGAAAGGGGGAAGUCGGUAAAACUUUACAGGAAUUGAAUAACGAAUGGCAGAGAUUGGUAGAUACAUCUUUACAGAAGGGUAGAAUGCUUAGACAAGCUGUUACGCAACAUGAAUAUAACAAAAAUAUUGAUGACGUUAACAAUAAACUGAAUGAGAUUAAUGAAAAACUUGCCAAUAGAAAUGUAGGAAAUGAUUUAAGAUCUUGUCGAGAUUUGAUAAAACAACAUGAUGCUCUAGAAAAUGAUUUGGCUAUAUGCGCUUCACGUAUCGAGGAACUUCAGGCUGAGAGUCAAAAUCUUCGCGAAGAAGGACACUUUGAUUCUAAUGCGAUUGUUGAUAUCGUUCAAGGUAUUGAAAAUGCAUUGAAACAACUCCAUUCUCCUGCCAACGAAAAACGUGCCAUCCUCGAAGAAUCUUUAGAGUUUCAUAAAUUUGGUUUUAUAAUUGAUGCUGAAUUACAAUGGAUCAAAGAGCAUUUGCCGUUAGCUGCUUCCAAAGAACUAGGUCAGAAUUUACAUCAAGCUCAGAAUUUAUAUAAGAAGAAUAAAAAACUAGAGGCCGAAAUUGAUGGUCAUCAAACUGUAAUAGAUAAAACACUCGAUGCCGGGCAAGCUUUAAUAGAUAAACAUCAUCCAGAAGAAAAACAGAUACAAACACUGUGCAAGACUUUGCAAGACGCUUGGUUGGAUCUCAAAGAAAAGGCAAAUGAACGAGCUCAAAAACUGAACACUUCACUUAAGGCACAACAAUUCUUCUUUGAGCUUAACGAAGUAGAAUCGUGGUUAAAUGAAAAAGAUAACGUUUUAUCCAGUUCAGAUUUUGGUAGGGAUAGAGAUUCGGCAACCAAAUUAUUAUCUAAACACAAAGCAUUAGAACUGGAAUUGGACACAUAUAACAAUAUCAUAUCUGAGAUGGGACAUGGAGCACAAGCUAUGAUUAAAUCAGGUCAUCCAGAUUCCAAGUUAAUUGGGGAGAGACAAGCUGCUAUUGAACAUUUGGCAAGAGCUAUACAAAGACAAGCUGCUGUUCGACAACAAAAGUUGAUGGAAUCGCUAUUUCGUCAUGAGUAUUUCGCAGAAUCUCAAGAACUUGAAACUUGGAUUCACGAAAAUCUUCAACAGGCUUGCUCAGAAGAUUAUGGAAUGGAUUAUGAGCAUUUAUUGCAAUUGCAAACCAAAUUCGAUGAUCUUAAACUUAGAGUAGAAGGUGGUACUGAUAGAUAUAAACAAUGCGAAGAACUGGCUCAAAAAUUAUUGGCAAAUGAAACUGCAUAUGGCGUCGAUAUCCAAAAUAGGCAGGCUAAAUUACAGCAAGCAUGGGAAAAUCUACAAGAUCAACUGAAUUCCAGAGAAAGUAGACUAGAAGCCGCCGGUCAGAUUCAUAGGUUCCAUCGAGAUAUCGCCGAUGCAUUGCAAAGAAUUCAAGAGAAAAAUGCAGCACUUGGUACAGAUUUAGGCCGCAAUCUAAAUGCCGCUCUCACUUUACUUCGAAAACAUGAAGCAUUCGAAAAUGAAUUGGUUGUUUUAGAAGCUCAACUUCAGGUGCUCAUAGAAGAUGCUUCGAAACUUAUGAAAUUGUAUUCAACUAAUAAAGUGAACAUACAGAAUCAACAGGAAGUUGUAGUUGAAGCAUGGACAGAUUUAAAAGAAAGAACAGAACUAAGAAGGGAUCAAUUACAAGCUAGUGUCGAUUUACAGAAAUUCUUAGCGCAGGUCAGAGUUUUAUCAAAUUGGGCUAACGGUUUAAUAUUGGCUAUGAACGCUGAAGAAAAUAUCAAGAGUGCAUCCAGAGUACAAGUCGUAAUCAGUGAACAUGAGGCUCUUAAAAGUGAAAUUGAAGCUAGGGAAGAAGAUUUUAAGGAAGUUGCCGAAAACUUAGCUGCCAUGGAACAAACAGGUCAUUACGCAGCAGCAGAAGCAAUAGAAAAAUACAAAUAUCUCAUUGAAGAAAGAGACAGGCUUCAUACUACUUGGCAACUUAGAAAAAUUCAUUUGGAUCAAUUGUGUGAUUUGCUUAUGUUCUUAAGAGAAACAAAAUCAAUCGAAGAUGCUACGAAUGUUCAAGAAGCAGCUUUAUCGUACGUAGAUAUUGGAGAAACAGUUGAUGAAGUUAGUAACCAGCUUAAAAAGCAUGAGGAAUUUGAAAAACUUCUUCAAGUACAAGAUAAAAAUCUAGAAGCCCUUGUUGUUUCAGGAAACAAAUUAUUACAUCAAAAUCAUUUUGAAAGUGAUCAGAUUGCUAAAAAAUUAGCGGAAGUCCAAGAGAAACGUAAAAGAGUUCAUCAACUGAGUGAAGCUAAGAGAAAAUAUCUUACUAAUGGUCUUUUAUAUUCUGAAUUUAUCAGAGACGUAACAGAAACUCAAGUAUGGAUUUCAGAAAAAGAAAAGAAAUUAGGGGCUAUCACUUCGAGCAAACCAGAAGUGUCCAAUCUUGAAGAUAAAAUCAAAGUUUUGCAAAAACAUCAAGCAUUCCAAGCCGAAGUGGUAGCUAACGCUGGAAGAAUUCAAGAAAUAAAAGAUAAUGGAGAAACAUUAAUUCGUAAAAAUCAUAAAGCUUCUCAGGAUAUAGCUGAUCAACUAGCCGAUUUAGAACACGCCUGGAGACAUCUAAAUGAAGAAGUAAAUCUUAAAGGUAAAGGACUCGAAGAAGCUCAAGAUAUACUAGAAUUCAAUAAUCAAUUAGAUAAAAUUGAAUCCUGGAUCAGAGAUAAGGAAGUUAUGUUACAAGCAGGAGAAACUGGCAAAGACUAUGAACAUUGUCAACUUUUACAACGCAAAUUAGAUGAUGUGGACAGUGAUAUGAAAAUCGAUGACACUAAAAUUAAAGGAAUUACUGCCCUCUCUAAAAAAUUAGCUUCUCAGGGAUAUCACAAUAUACGAGAAAGAGGAGACAACUUGAUUAAAAAAUGGCAUUCUCUACAAAAGGCACUUAACGAUUAUAGAAAUAAAUUAAAAGAAGCCUCAGAAAUUCACUUAUUUGACAGGGAUGUUGCUGAUACUUUAGAUCGUAUAGCAGAAAAAUGCGCCAUAAUGGAAUCCGAAGAAGUCGGCAAGAAUCUUGCUGGUGUUGAAGCUUUGCAGAGAAAACAAGAAGCACUAGAACAUGAAAUAUCCGCUAUUGAAAACAAGAUAUUAAAUAUACAUCAAAAAAAUGCUUUGUAUCUUAGUGACAAAUAUCCUUAUUCGAUUAAACAUUUAGAAGAUACAUUAAAUGAUCUAGAUUUACAAAUGCAAAAACUAGAAGCAACAAAAGCGAAACGUAGGGCUCUCUUACAAAAAGCACACACUCAGGAGAAAUUUUUAUCUGAUGCUAAACAAUUAGAACAAUGGGUUUUAGAAACAAUCAAACGUAUGGAAUCACAAGAAAAACCUAAUAGCGUCAUCGAUGCUGAAGUCCAAUUGGAAUUGCACAAUGAACUCAAAGCUGAAAUCAACGGCAGGGAUAAACCAUUCAAAGAACUUAUACAAUACGGCAAAACUUGUUCGGAAAAAGAUAAUCUUAAAAUUGUAGAAAACGUCGAAAGACUCCAAGAAUUACAUAACAAAAUUCACAAAGCUUGGGACGAUCAUAAAAACAAUUUAUCUCAUUCAUAUGACGUACAAGUAUUUAAUGAACAAGUCAAUCAACUCAACAACUGGUUAGCUACGAAAGAAGCCUUUCUGAAUAAUGAAGAUGUAGGAGAUACACCAAGAGCAGUGGAAGCUUUACUAAGAAAACACAAUGAUUUUGAAGUUAUGCUGGAUAAUCAAUUGGGAAGAAUAGAGGAGCUUCAAAUGGCAGCAAAACGAAUCACAGCGGACCCAAACAGAAACCAUACUGAAGUUUUGAACAAACUAGAAGCCGUAAUGAACAGAAAAAAUAAGUUGUUAGCGAAAUCUAAACAACGUAAAGAUAUGUUGGAAAAAUCCAAAGCGCUACAAGCAUUCUUACGAAAUGUGAAUGACGUAGAAACUUGGUUAUCUCAAAAAUUGCAAACGGCAGCUGAUGAAAAUUACAGGGAACCCAUCAAUCUUCAAAACAAAAUACAAAAACACGCCACCUUUGAAGCGGAAGUAAUCGCUAGCGGCGAAAGAAUUCAAAAUGUUGUAGAAGUAGGCAAAGAUCUUAUUACUGCUGACCAUUACGCUGCAACGGAAAUCGGAAUGAGACUAGACGAUCUCGAAAACGAUUGGAAACAUUUAUUAGAAUUGACCACUCUCAAACGUGAUAGGUUGAAUGAAGCUUAUCAGGCUUUGUUGUUUAGUAGAUCCUUGGAAGAAUUUGAAUCGUGGUUAACUGAAGUUGAACAUGAGCUACAAGUUAUUGGUACUAAUGAAUACAUGAGUGCUGGGUCUCAACUUAAGAGACUCAUAACUUUAGAAAAUGAUAUUCAACAACAUGCCGAAAAUUGCGAAAUGAUUAACGAAGGAGCUGAACAGUUUAAAAAAGGAGGUCAUUUCUUAGCUGAUGAAAUUAAUGAAAACGUUCAAAAAGCAAUAACUAGGUACGAUCGAUUAAAAGAACCUCUACAAGUCAGAAAAGAUGAAUUAGAAUUGACAUCCGUACUUCAACAGUUUAUACGCGAUGUAGAUGACGAAUUGCAAUGGUUAAACGAUAGGGAACCGCUUGCCGCGUCACAGGAUUUGGGUAAUAACUUGACUGCAGUACAAAAUUUACAGAAAAAACAUCAAAUACUUGAAAGCGGAUUAGCAUCCAGAGGUACCAUUAUCGAAGCCCUCGUUGCUAGGUCUGAUCAACUGAUUAGAUCGAAACAUCCAUCUCGAUCUAUAAUUAGAGAUAAAACAGAAGAACUAAAAGUCAAACUGGAUCAAAUUAAAGAUUUAGCUAGUAUCAGGAGACUCAGACUUCAAGAUUCCCUGGAAGCACAAGUGUUCUUUCAAGAUGUAUCAGAAGCUCACGCUUGGAUUGCUGAAAAGAAACCUCUUCUUUCUACAAAAGAAGUUGGUAAAGAUGAGGAUACAGCUAAAUCAUUACAGAGAAAGUUGGAAACUCUAUCGAUUGAAGUGAAAACUUUCCAGAAAACUAUACAAAAAUUAAGUGAUGUUGCAGAUUCUUUGAUAGACAGGAGACAUUUCGAUGCAAGCAACAUUGAAAAAUCAAAGAUUGAAUUACAAACAGAGUUUGGUAAUUUGAGGAAACUGGUAUCAGAACGUGAAGUUCGCUUGACAGAAGCCUUACAAUACUUCGGAUUCGUACAUGAAUGUAACGAAGUUCAAGAUUGGAUGAAAGAACAAAUGAAUAAAGCCGAUUCCGAUGAAUAUGGAAAUGAUUUGGAACAUAUUGAACUUUUGAUACAAGCAUUCGAAACAUUCCAUACAAGUCUUAUUAACAGCGAACCCAGAGUACAACAGUGCAUAGAAAAUGGUCAUUUCAUCAUAGACGCCAAAAGCAGUUAUAGCCCUGAUAUUCAACAAAAAAUUAUAGAAUUACAAAACAAUUGGGAUGAUUUGUUAGAGUUGGCGAAUGCUCGCAAAGAAGCAUUAGCAGGAGCCAAACAAGUACAUUUGUUUGAUCAGACCGCUGAUGAAAUCAUUUCAUGGAUUAGAGAAAAAGAUGCUGAUGUUAUUUAUGGUGUUUACGUUCCCGACGUUGAGGUAAUAGAAGAUAUGAUGCGUAAACAUCAAGCUCUGGAAACUGAAAUGAAAGCCAUUAAAGAUAAAGUUGAUUUUGUGGAACAGGAAGGGGACAGAUUGAUUCUUGAAUAUCCCGAUACCAAAGAACAUAUUGAUGAUAAAAGAGAAGACACCGUUAAUGCCCUACAAGAUUUGCAGGAUAAAGUCGAAAGACAGAAAUACUUUUUACAACAAUCUGAACAAUUGCAAUCCUACUUCGAAGAAUAUCAUGAUUUAUUAGCUUGGAUAAAUGAAAUGCUUGCGAAAAUAACGGCACCGGAUUUACCUCAGGACUGCAAUGAAGCCGAAUUGUUAUUGGAACGGCAUAAGGAUUACAACACUGAAAUAGAAGGCAGGCUACCAGCGUUCCAACAAUUUUACGAAACCGGAAAAACAUUCAUUAAAGAAGGUCAUCCCCUAUCUCAAGAAAUAGAGGAUAAAAUUAAAAUUCUUCAACAGAAAGUCAGUUUGUUAGAUAAUACAUGGAGGAAGAGAAACCUUAUAUAUCAACAAAAUUUGGAUCUGCAACUUUUCAAACGUGAAGCUAAUACGUUAGAAAAUUGGAUGAUAGUAAGAGAAGGUACUCUUAAGGAUGGAAAAGUUGGAGAUUCUAUUUUACAAGUCGAAGAGUUUCUUCGUAAACAUCGUGAUUUUGAAGAAACCAUCAAAGCUCAAGAAGAUCGUUUUAACGCUUUGAGACGACAAACUUUACUAGAGGAUUCAUUUGCUGAGCAGAAACUUGAAGAAGCCAGAGCCCGGAAAGUAGAAAGGGAGAGAAUCGAACACGAAAAAUUAGAACAAAGAAAAAUGAAGGAGAAAGCGAGGAUCAAUGAAAUGAGACGGCAGGAAUCUCGAGAUACAUCUCCGAGGUUUAGCAAUUUAUCGGAUGAUGUUAGACCAGUUAUCCAACCAGAAAUACCAGAAUAUACCUCCCAAUCACCAGCUGAAAAUAAUAAUAUAUCUGUAAGAAAGACAAAUUCGGUGGUGCAUAUGUUUGAUCGGGAUAGAGAUCGCAUAAGGAGAGGUUCCGAUGCUUCUGUGAAACGCGCAGAAAGUAUGAAAGUUGGAAGUACAACUAAACCUGUUAAGAGAACGCCAUCUUUCAAUACUAGAAGACGGGGUUCAAUUCGAGCAAAAAAUGCUGAAUUAGUGCUACCUCCUGUCGAAGCAGAAGCUUUCCUUGAAAGAAAACAACUAUUACUGCCUGGUCAGAAACGUGCCACAAACAGAGCUUGGAAGAAUUCUUACACAGUUCUAUGCGGACAACUUCUCUGUUUCUUUAAAACUAAGGAUGACUUUGCUGCUAGUAAAGCAAACGCACCUCCACUAAAUAUACAUAACGCCACUUGUACCGUAGCAGACGAUUAUCAAAAGAGAAAACAUACUUUCCGUUUAUCUAUUACAGACGGAUCUGAAUUUUUGUUUUCUUCUAAUUCUGAAGUCGAUAUGAUGGACUGGAUUAACAAAAUAACUUUUAGAGCAAAACUACCACCUGCACAUCAGUUGUUGCAUUUCGAGGUUACAAGGGAUCCCAACGAUUUUGAAAUUAGUUCGCAGUCCAGUAGAACUUCAAGUCCGGAUGUAUCAGACGUUGUUUUAAGGCACGAUCCGCAAGUCUCUAACGGAAGUCUGUCUUCAACACCUAACUAUUCAAAUAGACACACUGUUGCAGGAAGCUCUCCACCGCCCAUUCCUCCUAGGAUGAUUGACGUACCACUUGGAUAUGAAUCAAGACUUCAUACUUCGGAGAGUAGUGGAAGCGUUAAUGAUGGCUAUGAUAACACCAGUUCUAUAUCAAGGCAAGAUUGGCAAUCCAAUUCUUCAUCGAGGCCUUUAAGUUCUCCGGAUUCGAAAAAUAUGUCUCAUCGAAUACGAGAUUUAUUUGUUCGUAAGAAGCGAAAUUCGCAAAUGUAAUACAAAUAUAAAUAUAUAUUUUUAACUAACAAAAUUAGAUUGUAUAUAAAUAUUACAUAUGUUGUAAUACCUCUCCAAACUUAUUGACCAAAACAAAAUAAACCUGAUCAUGUAAUGCAAUAACAGGUAACAAAAAAAUAUAGAACAAAGUAAUUAAGAAACAAUUUUGUUAUUUGAUUUUUAAUUUUUUAAAUAAAAUUUUUGUUCACUGCAGUGGCUAGCUAGUAAUCAGACAAACUUAUGGACUCGAUUACACAUAAUUAAUUAAUAAACCAUUUUCUCGACAAUAUCUUGAAUAUAAUUGGUUUCCAUUAAGUUAUUUAAUGGCAAUCCUCUUUUUAUAUUUUCUUGCCAGUGAAAAAGUCUUUAUGAAAUAUUCAUAAACGUACUAUCUAUAGCUACUAAUGAGCUAAAUGUUGCUAAUAUCUUUAGUUUAGUCGAUAUGUCAACCUACUUUAUUAAUGUAUGCCGUUUAUAUUUAUUAAAAAUGUUGGUUGUGCUUACAAAUACAUUUGCUUUGUUCUUUAUUUCAUUGUUUGAUUAUAUUUUUAUUUUAUGUUUUAUAUUUUUCAAUUGUAAUUCUUGUAUUGUAUUGAAAUAAAGUUGUAUUUUUCUUUUUUGAUGAAA